UUGAAAUGUCACUGCCUCUAAGAGUUCCUCGAGUGAGGUCCUGUUGAUGAGGUUUCUUCUUGCUACUCCUUCUCUCUUCUUAUCAUACGAGUCUUCUCUAUCUGUAUGCUCUCACGUCUACGAGCUGGUGCAAUGAGUUCCGGACUCAUCGCCGCAAAGGACAUUCCUUCCAUCUCCCACCUCUACCGCAACAUGUCUCUCCGACCAUCCUCAGACGAAGACCUUCCAAACCCAAAUCAACAGCACAAUGACAGAAUUUGCGUCAUUCAGGAAGAUAUCACAAAGCUAGAAGUUCACGCAAUAGUCAAUGCUGCAAACCGACGCCUUCUCGGUGGAGGAGGUGUUGAUGGUGCUAUCCACCGCGGAGCUGGGCCACAACUUGUGAAAGAAUGUGCUACCCUCGGUGGAUGUGAGACUGGCUCUGCAAAGAUAACCGACGCUUACAGACUACCUUGCAAAAAGGUCAUCCACGCCGUUGGUCCGGUCUACGACAGCUUAGAAGAAUCAGAACCUUUGCUCCGUUCUUGCUAUCGAACAGCCUUCCGACUAGCAAUUGAGCAUGACUGCAAAACAAUUGCAUUUCCUAACAUUUCGUGUGGAGUCUAUGGCUAUCCAAGCACGCAUGCAGCCCGUGCGGCCAUCCGAGAGACCCUUGCAUUCUUGAAGAGACCGGAAGGCCAGAAAUUGGAGAAAAUCGUCUUCUGUAACUUCUUGGACAAGGAUAUGGACGCUUAUGCUGAAUGCCUACCGACCGUGUUCCCACCUACCGAGGAUGACCUGUCCCAUACAGAUAAUUCCCAAGGAAACCUAUGAACACCCUGAGAGAAUCUCGCUCAUCGAAGACACCGGAAGAAAUAAGAGCUCCGCUAUCGAGUCUCUUUUCCCCGAGAAAGACAUCGAGUUCUUUGAAAAGACGACGCUAGCUGCUGAAAAGGACGAGUUUCUGGCGAGACAUGCUUGUUCGGACGCCGACAGUACUGGAUCAGACAGCGACUCCUCCACGGGCUCUAAACGAUCUCGGAAUGGGGAAGAUCAGCUUGGAUCGCACUCAAAAAAGAGACGGCUCACAAAUGGCGAACUCAACAGCGGCGAGCGCUCUGAAGAUGAAGAUGCUGUGGAAUACAUCGAUUCAGACCCAGAGGAUGUCGCUAAAACCCUGGACAAGACCACUAUAUCCAUACCCUCGUCCGUUCCUCUGGAAGACAGCAGCUGCUACCACAGCCGCUUCGAAAAGGAUGAUGGCACUUCUUCUCAUGGGUUGUGGCCACAUUGUGCAAUGAUCUGUGAAUGCGGCAAAAACUACAUUCAAGCGCGUGGGACCGACUUACCGUCAAUCGGCCGCGGUGACUUCAGAGGGUUUUAUUGAGCAAGGAAACCGAUAGGGCAACGAAUACUUGCUUUUAAUAGGUGUCAAGACAUCUACAGCCCUGCUGUAAGUUGACUUUUGCCCAGUUGCUGGCUGAUGUGUUUCUUCGAUCAACCAGUAUCUUGUGCUAGCGUGGAUUGAGCUUUGAGUGGUUAUCAGAUACCAUAUUGGUUUUAGAAUGGCGUUAUUACCUGAUUCUAAUCACUACCUACGGAUAUUGAGCCUGAUCAUCUUGAC